GUUUUCUACGCUCUGCUAAAUUUUGUGAUUCUGCAAGUGAGCAUUGUAGCAAUUUCGCGCUAAAAUGUGCCAUUCGUUUCUUCUAAGUCAAGGCACUGAGUGAUCCGGACAUUUGGAACAACAGUUCGUCUCUAAAUCAUGGCGGGAUGGAUCUCUUCGAAGCUCAAAGUUGCAGAAACAUUCCUUCAACAUAUCGAUCAACAAGCGGCAGAAUCUCUUGGGAAGAACGAGAAACCUCGAUCUAAUGAAUUAAAUUAUGAAACUCCGACGAAAACUGGUGGAGUUGUUCCUCUGAAGGAUCAGCUAAAGAAGAAAACAUUGGACAGUAAUGAAUCCUAUGGUAAUCUGAGGAAUGAUUCUGAUUCUGAUAGACAUCGAGUCAAGGAACUUCCGGCGCCCCAAAAACUUUCUUCGCAACCUACAACAGCUCUUACUGACAGUGACUGGACCGAACUCCUCAGUACUCCUAAGCAGCCAACGCCACCUGCAGUCACUCGCAGUAAUGGAACAUCUGAGGUUCGUGGCCCCAGGAAGGAUGGGAGGAAGCAAUCAAAUCCUGGUUCAACUUCGUUUCCACCCGAAGCAAAGAAAUUUCAGAAUAAUCGUACUAGUGUCUCAAAGUUAUCAAAAAGGUUAGACACUGAGCCAGAAAAUAGGGUAAAUGGUGGGGCUGCUUCUUAUGAUAGUAAAAAGAGUGAUGGGGAAGAAUCUGGCUCUUCUGACUUAGUGCAAAAAAGAUCAAGUUUUGAAGCACAGAAUGGUGAUGGGCAUGUUGGGGAAAGAGAAAAUGUCUGGAUAUCAACAGGUGCUAACCUCCUGUUGGAGCCAAAAGGUGAUGGAAAUCAGAAAAACAAGAGUAUCCCUGGAAAUGCUGAGAAUGGGAAACAGUCCGGUUCUGAGUUCUAUCAUGAAUCAGACAGUGCCAGAAAUGUUAUGAAAUCACAAGAUGGCAACUGUAUACCAAAAGUAGAAGCACUUUCAUCUACAUUGGAUGUCAAAACUGAUGUGAAAAGCGAAGAGGAUGGUGACCAUAAUGGAUCCAGGAGUGUUGCAGGGAGGGUUGACAAGACUAAUGCUGUUUCAGGGAGUUCUAUUACUCAUGAUUUGCUGAGAGCUUCUUCAACAAGUGAUGAAGGUUCUGAUUCAGACUCAGAUUCGUCUUCAACUUCUGAGUCCGAGAAUGAACGCAAAAGGAGGGCAGAAAGGGCUAAGAGAAGGAAACAAAUUAUGGCUGAGAAAGCUGCUGCUAGAGCUGUUCAAGCUAUAAAAGAGCAUGAGAACAUGGUUGCCAAAUUGGAAGGAGAGAAACAGAGCUUAGAGAAGAUACUUGAAGAACGGGCAAGGCAACAAGCACAGGAGGCUUCUGAACUACAGACGAGUAUGAUGGAAACAAUGGAAGCUGUUGAGUUGGAGAAGCAGAAACAUAACAAUACCAGGAUGGAAGCCCUUUCUCGGUUAGCUAAAUUUGAGACUUCAAAUGCUGACCUAGCUAAAUCCCUUGCAACCACACAAUGGAAUCUUGAAGUUGAGGUUAAUCGGGUAGCAAUGCUCCGGCAACAAAUAGAGUUGAAAGAAGCAAUCAAUGAAGAACUUGGAAGGAAAAUGUCUGAAGUUCAUCAAGGUGGAUCAUCUUCAGACCAAUUGGAAGCUGCAAAAGGAGUUGAAUUUGAGCAAGAGAUACUUGAGGCUGAGUACUCUUUUGUAUGUGAUAAAAUUGGACAAUUGCAAGAGAAGGCAAAGAAGCUGGAAGAAGACAUUGAAACAACAAGGAAGGAGAUAGAGAAUCCAACUGAAAUAGAGGUUCAACUUAAGAAAAGGCUUGCACAGCUAACUGACCAUUUAAUUCAGAAACAGGCCCAGGUAGAGGCUCUCUCAUCUGAGAAAGCGACAUUGUUGUUCAGGAUCGAGACAAUUUCAAGAUUGCUUGAUGAAAACAAGUCGACAUUGCAGUUGACUGAUUUAGCCGGCCCCUCAGCCAAUAACGACUUAGAAGCAGGGACUUGGGAACUCUCUAAUUCAAAGCUGAAGCCCCUGCUUAAGGAUAGAAUCCGAUCUGGAGGAGAGAAAUUUGGGUCAUUGCUUUGGCAGUUGGAUGCUGUCUUUUCUGCAGGUGCUGCAUUCUUAAGGAGGAACUCAAUUGCAAAAGUGUGGUCAUUGGUUUACCUUUUAUGCCUUCAUUUCUGGGUUGUGUAUAUUCUCAUGUCACAUUCUCAACCAUCAGAGGACGCCACAUCUGGUGCCGUUAUCUCCUUGGGGAGCAUCAAUAAGACGGCAGGAAUCUGAUAUAUCAAUUAAUUACUAAUUUGCUAUGUUAUUCAUUUCUUCUGCAUCAGUUCCUAUUAGGUGAACUUGUGCUGAUUAUUCCUUUGCUAAAGAGCAUUAAAAAUGUGAAAAGAAAAAGAAUCAAGAACAGACAGGCUCUGUACGUAUUAGUGCUAUGUUUUUGGGUGGUCCCUUUGACCAUCAUUUUUUCAGAGAUAAAUUGAAAUUUCAUAGAAAAUAAAGUUCGCCCAGGGGCGGGUUGGUGUGAAAUUACUUCUGUAUAUAUAAAGACAUUUGUGGCCAUAA